AUGCAGUGUAGGGGAAAAGACCUUCACUUUUUGUCGCGUCCAGCUGCUGCAGCAGCAGCAGGAGCAACAACAGCAGUAGCAGCAGCAGCACGCAACCGUUUCUCGGCUGCAGCAGCAGCAACCACGGCAGCAGCAGCGGCAGCAGCUGCUGCUGCUGCUUCUUCAGUGCAGUGGGCGAAGCCAAUUUGCUGCUGCUCCUCCCUAGCUGCUGCUGCAGCAUGCAGCAGUAGCAGCAGCAGCAAAAUGCAGACAUGUCAACGGCUGUUGCUCGCCAAGCACAGUGGGUUAGCAGCUGCAGCAGCAGCAGCUGCUGCUGCUCGUGGCACUUCUGCUGCAGUGCAUGAAGCCGCGGCGUAUUACAGCAGCAGCAGCAGCGCCUCCACUCCAAGCAGCAGCAGCAGCAGCCCUCCUACCAGCAGCAGCAGCAGCAGCAGAAACAGCAGCAGCAGCAGCAGCAGCCCUCCCAGCAGCAGCAGCAGCUCUCCCAGCAGCAGCAGCAGCAGCAGCAGCCCUCCCAGCAGCAGCAGCAGCAGCAGCAGCAGCAGAAACAGCAGCAGCAGCAGCAGCCCUCCCAGCAGCAGCAGCAGCAGCAGCAGCAGCAGCGUGGAGGCGGAGAGCAGCAGCAUGAUAGACCAGUGGUUCACUUCGAUCGACGCCAACAGAGACGGCUUUAUUUCGCAGAGAGAAUUUCGCACUUGGUACUGCCUGCACUUCAUUCCCACCUUUGCGCAGCAGCAGCAGCAGCAGCAGCAGCAGCAGCAGCAGCAGCAGCAGCAGGGGGGGGGGGCGGGCAAGGAGAAGGGGGGGGCGGGGAAGGAGGGGACGCAGCAGGAGCCGCUCAAACAGCAGCAGCAGCAGCAGCAGGAAGGUGCUGCUGCAGCAGGAGGCAGCAGCAGCAGCAGCAGGGACUGCAACAGCAGCAGCUGCAGCAGCAAAGCGGUGUGUCCUCUUAGCGGCAGCAGCAGCCUGAGCACCCCCGCAACGCAGCAGCAGAUGCAGCAGCGGCUGCUGCUGCUGGAGACAGAAGCAGCAGCACUACGUGCUGCGCUGCAGUCGGGGCAGCAGCAGCAGCAGCAGCAGCCCAUCAGCAACAGACAAGUUCUUUCUAUUCUCGCGCGCAGCGCCAUUCCCUAUAUAGGAUUUGGCUUCAUGGAUAACUGCCUCAUGCUGCUGUGCGGGGAGUUGAUUGAUUUGCAGCUCAGCGCCGUUCUGGGCCUUUCGACCUUAGCGGCAGCUGGCCUCGGGAACCUCAUCAGCUGCGCCUCGGGUGUCAUUACAGGAGGUUUCAUAGAGCGUUUUGUUUACAGAUUUCGAUAUUCCGAUGCAACUUGA